AUGACGACCAAAAAAGAAGAUGGAGAAAGUUCUUCACAAGCCGUAAAGCUGAUCGGGACACUGGAGAACUUUAUACCAAGUGCGGACUUCGACGAUUAUUUCGAAAGAGCGGAGAACUUCUUUGAGUUGAACGAUAUCAAGGAUAAUACAUUCAAACAAAAGCUAAUCGUACACUACAUCGGGUUGCCAGCGAUGAAGAAACUACAGCAGCUUCUAUAUCCCAAAACGCACAAGGAGGUCACAUACGAAGAGGUGAUUGAAAAGUUGAAGUCAUGCUUCAGUCCCAAAAAGAACCGCAUAGCCCAAUCGGUGGAAUUUUUCAAGCGAACCCAGAAUGAGUUUGAAAAGGUAGCAGAUUUUGCGGUUGAGAUACAGGCACUCUCAAAACAUUGUGAGUUCGGUGAGUUUCUCGAUAAAGCGCUGAGAGACAAGUUCAUAGCAGGGCUUUCGAACGCCAAAAUCCAAGGGGACCUGUUGAACAGUUCAGACGACACCACGUUUGAGAAGGCAGUGACGGUAGCAGAAAAUCUGGAGCAGAUCGAAGCGGACAUGAUGAAGAUGAAAAGCAAACAAGAAUACGCCAAUCGGAUCAACGCUGGACAGUACUCGCGACGCAGCCGUUCGAAAACAGGUGGCCAGGAAGACGGCAAGCGCAGCCAGCAUAGAAGCCCGGCGGCGUGGUCACAAUCCAAGAGAAAGACAAAAAAUCGUGACAAGAAAGACCUAACCUGCUACAACUGCGGUAAGAGGGGACACUUCGCCAGAAACUGCUGGGGGAAACGGAAUAUGAAUGGACUGAUGAGCAGCGACGACGAAGGCGGUCCAGUGGGGACCAACAGCGAGGCGGAGAUGCACCACGUGGCUAAUCAUCCGCUGUUCCGAAAGAUAUGA